UCUGGUUUGGCCACGAGCCUUAUUUUCGGCGUUCAUCAUCCUUGUGUUACUUGUACGCUUUUUGUCUGUUCGCCUCGUUUUUUUUCAAGCUGCCGUUACGACUGGUUUAUCACUAAGAGAAGGUCAACGGUCAAUCCAAUUCUUGUUUUCAAUCCAUCAUGACCAGCUCUCCAACUCCCGACAUCGGCUCUUUAUCUCUUAACCCGCAAUCUCAACGCCUCCAUGACAAUUACGAUUAUGACCCAACAAACAGGCAGCAGUAUCAGUUCCAACCGAACCAGCAACUUUCAGGUUUCUCGGGCCAGUAUAAUCCACUAGGAAUGAGUCCAUCUCCUCUUAAGAUGAAGCCUGGUAUACGUGCUGGUCUUCCCACCCAAUGGCUCGACAAUUCAAUGGUCAUCCCCGACAAUCGCUCGCUUUCUCCUCACAAUAACUCAGAUUUCUCUUCCUCGGGUAGUUCUCCUCCUUUGGGUCAUCUCGCCGCCUCUGCUCUAGCUCCCUCGACGCCUAUCCAAAAUGCUGACGAUGAGGUUAUACCAACCGCCAUCGUCGUCAAGAACAUUCCUUUCAACGUCAAGCGUGAGACUCUCCUAGAUAUUAUCGCAUCUUUGUCCAUCCCUACUCCCUACGCGUUUAACUAUCAUCUGGAUCAACAAGGCUCAUUCCGUGGUCUCGCUUUUGCUAAUUUCCGUCAGGCCGCAGACGCUGACGCAGUUGUGGCCGCUUUGAAUGGAUUCGAUGUCCAAGGUCGUAAACUUCGCGUCGAGUACAAGAAAGUCCUUCAAGCCGGUGAAAAAGAACGCAUUGAAAGAGAAAAGGCUAUCAGGCGCAUGCGCUCCAUGCAACUCGAAAAGGAGCAACAACAGGCAGUUCACCAAGCAUACGAUGAUUUCGGUCCCGUCACAGCCCCCGCUUUCACCCCACAGCGAUCCUUCUCUUCUGGUGCCUAUCAACAGCCACAGUACUCACCUCCGCCUAUGCCUCAUCUUCCAAUUUCUCAGCCCUUCAACCCCGCCGCGUCCCCUCCAAUUGCCCCCGCGACACCAAAUCCGUCGGAGAAGUCUUCGGCCUCUAAUGAACUGGAUCUCAACGAUCCUUCAACUUUGGAAAUCUAUUCUCGCAUUUUACUUUUUAAGGACGACAGAAUGAGGGAUGAGCUCGCUUUCUCGAGGACCCUCUCACCAAAGCAAAGGAGGGUAGUUCAUUUGAUUGCUCAGAAGUUGGGCGUGUAUCACUAUUCGGUCGGAGAAGGCGAUGAAAGGUACGCCGUCGUAACUCGCAUCGAUCCUAACAGGACUCAACGGGUCCAGGCUGCGACCCUGUCGCGUGCCCCAUCGGCAUAUCUCUCUGCAACUUCCUCACAAUCGCAGCUUGCAAGCACUUUACGCAUGAAAAAGUCCAUGCCCGAUAUGAAAACUUUGCACACUCAAGCUCCCCGCCUUGCCACUCGUGCCUCAAACGGCAAUAUCAGGGAAGGCUACGCAACGAUUGCUUCCCCUUCUCGCCGCUCUCCGGGUGGUUUCGGCUCGCUCUUUGGCAACUUUGGCAGUUCUGCCAUUCCGCCGGUUCCCAGCUUGCCAUCCAGUGUCACUGGAAACAUGAAUGGUGGUGGUUUUAAUGAAGGUAGUAGUAGUGUUGUCAGACAACCACGAGGCCCUGGCGUAGGCGGCUUUGGAUUGCGUCGUGGCACGAAUUCAGACCAAGCACGUGGCAAUGGACUAGAAGCCAGGUCUCACGAGCCGCUGGAGAUAUAGAAUCUCACCACAGAGACACUCAGGCCUUCACUUCGUUAAUCAUUUUGAGAGUCCCACGACCAGGGUUAGAUGGUGCUCGUAUUAAUUGUUCUCCCCCGCGUAGCUCCUUGCAGGGGUUCCUUUUCGCUGCUAUGGUUUUCCUAGUCCUGUUCUUUUUGUAUACCGCACCAUCAAAUCAAUUACACGUCUCCAUCUCAAAAGUCGACUUUCCCUACUCGUAAUUUCUUUGUACUUUCGUUGUCCGGAUCGCUCUCUUACAUCUCUGCUUUCAUCUCUCUGGAUUCUCUUGCUUCAAACAUUUUAUAUACAUAUCAUAGUCUUGAUUGAAUAUAUAAAUAUAUGCUGCUUGAUGCACCA